AUGUUACAUGGCAAGUGUGGAGUGGCAGAAGCGGGGUUUACCUCACUGUCAUUUGCUGUUUCGGCUAGAAAGAAAAAUACAACCGAAAUUGAUAGUGUCAUAGUUGCAGAACUGCCCAACAAACAAAACGACCCGAUAUUGUACGAUAUCGUGACUAAAAAUAUGGUGCAAGGUCCAUGCGGAGAGCAUAACUUAACAAUACCAUGUAUGAAAAACGGUAUCUGCACAAAAAAGUACCCUCGACGUUUCGUAAACGAUACCCAAACCGGAGAGGACGGAUAUCCAGUUUAUCGUCGUUGUGACGCCGAAAAUGGAGGCCAGAGCAAUACGUUAAAUAUCAGAGGAAGUACUUUCAACAUUGAUAAUAGGUGGAUUGUCCCUUAUUCUCCAUUAUUGUGUAGGACGUUUAACGCGCACAUAAAUGUCGAGUACUGCCACUCAGUUCAGGCCAUCAAAUACAUUUGUAAAUAUAUAAAUAAAGGAUCUGACAAAGCUACUUUUAGCGUCAAAAACCCAAACGAUGAGGUGGAAAACUAUGUAAAUGGCCGGUACAUAAGUACAUCCGAAGCUGUUUGGCGAAUUUUAGAAUUUUCCAUUCACGAGCGACAUCCUACAGUCUUGCAAUUAGCCGUCCACUUAGAAAACGGCCAAAGGGUGUAUUUUACCACAGAAACGGCUGAACAAGUGACCCAAAACCCACGUAAAACUACUUUGCUGGUUUUCUUUGAGCUAAGUAAAGAAGAUGAAUUCGCAAAGACACUUCUAUACUACGAAGUCCCGCAAUACUACACAUGGGCCAAUAAUAAAUUCUCAAGAAGGAAGCGUGGUGAGGACGUUGUUGGCCAUCCAGGCAUAAAAAAAGAUACAGCUUUAGGUAGAGUCCACGGUGUACAUUCAUCUCAGUCAGAGUGUUUUUAUCUUAGGAUGUUGCUACAUCACGUACGCAGUCCAACCUCAUUCGAGUGCUUAAAAACCGUUAACGGAGUUAUCAAAGAGACCUAUCAAGCAGCUUUCCAUGCCAGAGGUUUGUUAGAAAACGAUGACCAUUGGGAAAAUACUUUGAGAGAAGCAUCGCUUUCGCAAUGUCUGAUUAAAAUGAGAGAGCUGUUUGUUGUCAUACUUUUAUUUUGUCAGCCAUCGGAACCAUUAAAAUUAUGGGACAAUUUCAAAGACGAUCUUUGUGGCACUGGAAAGACGUUCCUUGCAAAUUUGAUAAUUGCGAAGAUAAGACAAUCAGGAAAGAUAGCAAUAGCAGUUCCUUCGUCAGGAAUUGCUGCAACACUCCUAAAUGAUGGAAAAACUGCUCAUUCUACUUUUAAACUUCCGUUAUCUGUAAAUCUUGAGCAACAAUCUACAUGUUCUAUCCGCAAAAAUGGACCUCUUAGUAAAUUACUACAAGACGCCUCAUUGAUUAUGUGGGAUGAAUGCACCAUGAGCCAUAGAGCACAUAAUAUAGAGGCCGUGGACAGAACCUUAAAAGAUCUUAGAAACUCCUCUGCUCUCAUGGGCGGGAUUACUUUUGUAUUUGCUGGAGAUUUCCGACAGACACUUCCCGUCAUUAACAGAAGUACGCGAGCAGAUAUCAUCAAGGCAUGCUUGAAAUCGUCCCCUUUAUGGACUUCGAUUAAAAUUUAA